UUCGUAGAACGUCCGCGCGCUGUCUGGUUUUCAGAUGGUGCGUGCUGAAGAUGUGGUCGUCGUGCUUUCUUUUGCUUUUCCAGGGCACCGCGAUCGAAGCCGACCAGGACGUCUUCCAGAUCACCAGGGAGGGAAAUCCGCGUGAAGAUGCCUUUGAACGAGAACUUGCCUCCUGGGUCAACGUGUCCGGAGCCUGGCAGCGGCAGCUGCGGGUGGUAGCCACCAUGACGACGACGCCAAGGCGAAUCAAUUUCAUCGAGCCUGCGCUGGACGGCUUGCUGCAGCAGAGCCGACCCCUCGAUGCGGUCUAUCUCUUUGUUCCAAAGGUUUUCAAGCGGGAGAACACUACAUAUCAGAUCCCCAAGUGGUUGAGCGCGCUGCAGCAAGUUGCGCCCACACUGCAGCUGCGACGAUGUGAAGAUUGGGGGCCUGCCACACAUCUGCUGGAGGUGCUGAAAGCCGAACGUGAUCCAGAGACAGCCAUCUUACAAGUGGAUGACGACCAACGCUAUGGUCCCCUGCUGUUAGAAUCACUGCUUCGCGCCAUGGGACCGGCCCCGGGAAGGGCCAUCGGGGCCGCCACCCAGCACGCACACACGCACUUGGGAGGGGCCGUGCUGGAAGGCGUUCAUGGGGUGCUCUUUCGUCGGAAGUUCUUCGAUGACGAGAUCUUCAACUUCGAGAACUUCUCGCCGCACUGCCGGUUACACGAUGACCUUUGGAUUUCAGCACACUUGGCACGAAAGGGCAUUCUGCGGGAGGUGCUGAUCUCGCGGCUGGGCACAAAGGCCUUAAGCUACGGCUUUGGAGAGGAUGCCCUAUAUAUGGGCGGAGCUGGGAGCGACAACACCAAGAACUUUUUCCUCUGUAGUGCCUCUUUACUUCGCGCCUGUCCGAAGCUCUGGGCGCCACAGACGCGUGUGGCCUUGGUGGUGGGUGCCAAGCAUUGGACCUUGCGAGGCUUCAGGCGCUUGGGCGGCGUGGCGCAGGCGGCCUACGUCUAUGGCAAGGUCGACUCGGUGAUGCCUCACAGCACCUUGGAUGUGCCGCGAGGUCGUCGUUUCAGCGUGGGACCAUGGCAUCAGCCCGUGGAGGUCUUCCUGGGGGCGAAGUCCCUGGCGGAGGCGUUGGAGGUGGCCUUGAACUUUGAAGAGGACGCCUCCAGCGUUAUCGUUUUCUUCUCCGACGUGCCAUCGAAGGGCCUGAAGAAGGUGGUCAAAGACUUGGUGCGCUGCGUCACUUCGUUGAAGCCGCACCAAAGUCGCCAAAGCUGCCGCCAUGCGAACGGCGUGGCCUUUUGGAGGCAUGCGGCCUAUCCUGCUGAUCGCAUAGGAGGCGCGAUUUUCCUGCCGAAAUAUAGCGAGGACUUUCACGCCUAUCAGCGAGGCCUUUGGUGGCGCGACCUCACCGGAGAUUGGCACGUCUUCGCGGCCACACAGCGGGAACGCUUCGAACUGCUGCAGAUGCAUGGCCGGGAGGAUGCUACGGUUCAAAAUUGGUUCGCUGCAUCCCUCUCCAUGCAUCGGCGAGUUGUAGCCAUCUUAUCUGUGGUGCUGGCGCCCAAAGUGGUGCUGCCACAACUUUUCCAUCCGCCCAAAGCUUGGCGGAACUACAUCGCCGUGAAGGCGCAUCGUCGAACACGGCACGCCGCUUGCGUGCCGAGGGUGAGCGCCAUGCGUUUCAGGCGUCGCAUCCUGUGCUUGACUGAAGCUCUUCAUCCAUUGGAUGGGCUGCUGAAUUUGGAGCGGUGGCCAAAGACGUUGAUCGUGCUCACAGGCCGGCGAAGACCGCCCCUGGAGAGCUUGCUUCAAGCCACGGAUUUGUGGGCGGGUGCGGUGAUCGCUCAGCAGGCCUACGCUUAUGGGAAGCAUGCCGGGCCCAUUCCCGACAGCUUCGAUGGUUCCAUUCUCUACCGACGCAGUUUUUUGGACGCGCGCUUCUUGGAAGAUCUGAAGGGACCCGAGUGCGCGAAACAUCCUGACUUAGUUUUGGCCGCCCAUGUGGCGUUGAAGUCCAUUCCCACCGAGGUCUUGGGUGCUGGCCGUUUGCUGAGCAAUCGCCUCCAUGUUGGUGCUACGGACUGCUGGGCACACCUAGUGCAGCACCGGAGUCUCUGGAGCUCUGUGUCGCCCCAAAGGUCCGUUCUACACGUGGCGCUUUUGGACGGCACCGAUCCGUUUUUGCUGGACCUUACCUUGCGUUAUGCUGCAACACAGUCCAACAAGCCCGAUGAGAUCGUGCUGUUGACGGCUGGACAACGCCUACUGGAGGAGAGUCAGAUGCCGCAUCCACUGGAGGAGAUGGGUCAUGUGGAAGUGCAUCUUCCAAAAGAGUCCUGGAUGCAGGUCCAGGUCAAAAGUCGAGGGAAAGCAUUGCCAGUUGAAUUACACAAACUCUUGGGUUCGCUCAAGGACAAGGCUGGCUGCGUUCUCUACGCCAAGGGUCGGAGUGUGGUGCUGUCAGUCGUGAGCUGCACUGGUGCUGCCUGUGGUCCGCGAUGGCUACUAGCGCAGACCUUUGAGCGAGAGUUGGAACCCGACACAGCGCUGAUCUUCAGCUCCGCUGAGCGCUUGGUGAAUGAAAGGCUGGUAGAGGAAAACGUUCUCUGUUUGGAGACCUGCCGGCCACACUGUUCGCAACAGCGCUGGUGCGGACAGGCGACGACUCGCGACGAUGGAGCCUUGUCGGAUCUGACUCUGCGGCGCUCUGCAGGCUAUGUGCAGCACGAGGCGUAAAA